AUGAUCACACGGCGAGCCUUCACCUGUAGGCGGCUGGCAAGCACUUUCAGCGCACCCGCAACACCACCUCCAUCUUCCGUCUCGCCUCUUUCGGCGUUGACGUCGGAGCUGGAUAAGAUCUCACCUCGUUUCGAUGUUUCCGCGGACUCGAUUGGGAUUAUCAGAGGCCCGGCGGAGUUCUACGAUGCUUUGAAGACGAAGAUAGCUUCUGCACAACGGCGGAUCUACCUUUCAACGUUGUAUGUCGGCAAGACUGAACAUGAGCUUAUUGCCACAGUCCAUGAUGCACUGAAGAGGAACCCAGAUCUAAAAGUCUCCUUCCUCACGGACGCUCUUCGCGGCACACGCGAAGAGCCCAGCCCAUCAUGCGCAAGCCUUCUGGUCUCACUGAUCACGGACUUCGGACCUGAGCGGGUGGAAGUCCGAGUAUACCACACGCCUAAUUUAACCGGCAUCCGCAAGAAGAUCCUCCCCAAACGCAUCAACGAAGGCUGGGGCUUGCAACACAUGAAGCUGUACGGUAUUGACGACGAGAUCAUCAUGUCGGGCGCCAACUUGUCCAACGACUACUUCACGGAUCGCCAGGAUAGGUAUCAUGUUAUCAAGUCCAGGGACAUUACCGACUACUUCUACAACAUCUACCGCACAACAUGCGAUCUCAGCUUCCGAGUCCUCCCUACAGCCGAACCCAAUGGCUUCGAACUACAUUGGCCUACCACAAACGUCGGCUCAUCACCACUCGAAGACCCAAAAGCCUACAUCGCUUCCGCCACCAAAGCCCUAGCACCCCUCUUGAUACCCUUCCCAUCCGGCCCCUCCCCCGAGAAAGCCACCGACACCCAAAUCUACCCUCUCCUCCAACUAACCCCACUCCUCAAACCCGACACCUCCACCGAACUCCCAGCCCUCACCGACAUCCUCCGCAAACUAGGCACUGUCCCUUCCUUAGCCGGUUCAAAGUGGACCUUCACAGCCGGCUACUUCAACAUGACGCCCGACAUCCGCGACCUCCUGCUCAACUCUAAACCGUCCAGCGCGGUUGUCGUCGCCGCUUCACCGUGGGCCAACGGGUUCUACGGCAGCAAAGGCGUCUCCGGUCUGCUGCCGUCAGCGUACACGUACCUCGCGCGCCGCUUCCUGGACACCGUGUCUCGCGCCGGACUAGGCGAGAACAUCGCCCUGAAAGAAUGGCGACGCGGAACCGUCAAUACCCCAGGCGGCUGGACGUACCACGCGAAAGGGAUCUGGAUCACUCUCCCGGGGCAGGAGAACCCGAGUGUCAGUCUCGUGGGCAGUUCCAACUAUACGAAACGCAGCUACUCGCUGGAUCUGGAAGCGAAUACGCUGAUCGUGACGCAGAACGCGGAUUUGCAGCGCCGGUUGGGGGAGGAGGAAAGGUGGUUGCAGGAGUAUGCGACGGUGAUGGGGCGGGAUGACUAUGCGAGGAAUGAGAGGAGGGUGGGGUUGCACGUUCGGGUGGCCAUGUGGAUUGUUACGCUCGUUGGGGGUGCACUGUGA